AAAUUAAUAAUUUAAUACAAAUAACCUUACAUAAAUUCAUACACAUAUGUAUUUACAGACAUUAAAAGAUGUUGAAGAUAUUGGCGAAGAUAUGGAAUACGAAGGAAUGGAUACGUGGGCCGAAUAUGACGAAGAUACUACCGAAUACGAAGAUGAAGAGGAAGAAGAAGAGAAAGAAGAAAAGACAGAAAUAGAAUCGGAAGUAAUCGAAGCUGACACAUUGCUAGAUUACAUGAGGGAAUUCGAAGCAAGAAGAACAAGAGAAUUAGUGAGCAAGACUGAAGAAGAAAGACAACAAUUGCGGCAUUUGAUCGGUGUAACUUGAGCUUGGUAACUGUAGCUUAAUAAAGAAUUUUAAUAAUAUGGACGGAAACAUCCCAUUCUUGCAUUUCGAUUCCUGCAAUUCGAGACAAAAAUCAAUGUGUCCCACAAAUUAAGCUACAACAAAUAAAUGUUUAAAAACUUUUUCCUGUUUAAAAAAAUUUUUAACAGGAUUGCGUUUUCCUUAAUUAAUUUCAAAAUCGUGUGCAGGU